ACAAAAGUACCCGCAUCUGUUCUAUUUUAUCGAAAGCACAUGUUCAUCGUCGCUGCGCUUCAAAAAUACGUUUCUCUUUCGUAUCGGCUUUACUCAAGGCGAGACGAAGCUUCGGGCGCCAUCUUGUUUUCUGCUUUUUUUGGUGACCACCCACUCUCAUCCCUGGUUAGAAGAGUGUCUGGACAAGCACGUGUGUGGCUGAACAAAAGCAUGUUACCUUUCGCUGUAGUGGAGUUUUCAAAUCACGGACUGGCAGUUAUAGCAACCAAAUUGUUUACUGGGCCUGAGGAGGAUGAAUGCUAUUGGCCACCAGCAAAGAUGAACUCAACAAGGGCAGCCAUAAAGCAAAAGGACCCUUGCACUGACUGAGUGACACACGAAGUGACCGUGAAGAGAAAAGCUGGUAAUGUGCCCAUCAGGGAUGUCAACAAUUAAUCGACUUACAAUUAAUUGUCGAUCAAGACGUUGGUCAAACAAAAUAAAUUAAUUGCAAUUAAUCGCCAGAGGGCGCUACUGCACUAACUUGAAUGUGAACACGAGAUGUUAACCCGUCUUGCGAGAAAGACCCGAGGUGAAAACUAACCAUGAAGCGGUCAAAAAGAAGUGCGGUAUGGAACCAUUUCAAAUUAGUUGAUUCCGGGAAAGAAGCCAAAUGUUCUCUGUGCAAUGCAGUAUUUAAAUACAACAGUUCUACUACUUCACUCAGUUACCAUCUCAACAACGUGCAUGCGGCUGUCCUACAAGGCGCGAGUGCACCAGACCAACCAACAAUCACAGCUGCACUGGGAAGGCGCGCGUGUGAUGAUCGGAGGAUGGAGGGCAUUACAGAGAGGAUAUGUAGCAUGAUUGAGAGAGAUUUGAUGCCACUCAGCACAGUUGCCAGUGCAGGAUUUCAGGAGCUCAUUAGGUUCCUAGAGCCAGGGUACAAUAUCCCUUCAAGGGGAACAGUAACCUCCCGCCUUGAAGCUCGCUACAAAAAAAAGAAAAGUGAGCUAAAAACAAUGUUGACUACGGCUACUGUGGCACUGACAACAGACUGUUGGACAGCUCUAACGACAGAAAGUUACAUUACCGUAACAUGCCACUACAUUGACGAGAACUGGCAGCUAAAGUCAGCAGUCCUUAUUAUGACUAACAUGUCGGAUAGACACACAGCUGACAAUUUAGCUGACAAGCUCAAUGAUGUUGUGGAGACAUGGGGACUCUCCGGUCGCGUUACAGCGUGUGUUCACGACAAUGCUAGAAACAUUGUCCAAGCUAACAACCCCACACGAGUCAGCUGGAAAUCAGUUGCAUGCUUUGCACAUACCCUAAACCUUGCAGUCAAUGACGGAUUUACUGCUGCUGGUGUGAGCAGAGCAAUAGUGGCAGCGGGAAGAUCGGUGAAACACUUCCACCACAGCACAGUUGCAACCAAAGCCCUCGAAGAAAAACAACACCAAAUGCGGCUUCCACCUCAUCGCCUCAUCCAAUCCUGUAAAACCAGGUGGAAUUCGGUCUGCGACAUGUUCAAGCGCCUGGUUGAACAGCGGUGGGUCGUGUGUGCCGUGUUGUCAGACCGGUCCGUGACAAAGCUGACAGAUGCGAGGACACUGGAGUUAAGAGACGACUACUGGCAGCUGAUGGAGGACAUGGGACCGGUGUUGGGAGCUCUGAAGUGUGCCACUACAGUCAUGUCUACUGAGUCCGAGGUGUCCAUAUCAAACACGUACCCCAUCGCGUUCAGUCUAAUCAACAAGCAUCUCAAUGUUGCAGACGGUGACAGCCAAAAAGUGGCGGAAUUCAAGUCAAAAGUGCAAGAUUCGCUGGGUGAACGCAUGAAGGUUGAGUCUGAUGACCUCACAUCAACCCCAAUGAUUGCAACCAUGCUUGACCCUCGGCAUAAACACCUGGGAUUUCUACGUCCAGCAAGUAGGAUUUCUGCUCAUUCCAAACUGCUUGCACUGGCUUCAGCAGAACAUGAGAGCUCCACACCUGCAGGUGCAGCCACCGCGAGAGACGAGGGGAGCACUGAUGUCCAGGAAGCUGCGCAUCAGGGACAUAGGCCUACGUCUGCUAUGAGUCUACUCCUGGGUGAUACCUAUUCCAGAAGAAACGAGACCUAGCCACUGUAAGUUGUUGAUUGGUCAGGUUGCCUGACGCAACGGCAUGUGACGCAAAAGAACACUCCUCAUUGGCUGGACAGAUGGAUAAGAGGACGUAGGUGCGUGUAGUAAAGUCACUACCCGGAACUUGGAUUGUUGAAUUUGGAUUUGGAAGCAAACGUCUCUGUUGGAAGUACUCAAGCCUACGUUCUGUUCAAGUACUCUACUUUCAAAAAGUCACAUUGUACUUCCCCACAAUGAGUGAAAAGCGAUUGGCCAGACAAGCCUACACAAAGAGAUGGAAGAGGGUGUGCGAGAGGUGGAAGUGGUGCGAAAGGCUUUGAGGGCAGAAAUGCAAGAGGAGAAGGACGCACUAGAUGCUGCACGGGCAGAGCAGGCUAUGCAAGAAGCGGCCAGGCUUCGUCAACAUCAGCAGCAACUGCAAGAACAAUCUGUACUACUGGCAGAGGGGAAUGAAGAAGAGCCAGAGUGCAUGGCAGUAACAACAAGCAGUAGUGUUGGUACUGAGUUUGCAUCAGAUGUGCUGUGGAGCACACCCAUGAAUGUGGAGGAUAGCAGUAACACCAGUGACUCUUACAUUGAGGAAAACGACCCACAAAGCUCACUAAAGGACUUUUUACAACACUGGGCCUUAAAACACCAGAUUACACACUCUGCACUUGAUGACCUUCUUGUAGGAUUAAAAGUCAAUGGACACACAGAGUUGCCUUCAACAGCAAGUUCCCAUUUACAGAUGUUGGAAUACAAAAUCACGAACAGGAAAACUAAUAUUUUCUUUUUGAAAACUUCAGCCAGCAGCCGGGCGCUUCAUGACGGACAGGGUAUCUCGGCUAUCGCAGCCAUGUUUGAGAGAAGUAAGUACUUAACUAGUUCACUCACUCAGGAAAGUACAUUAUAAAUUACAACUUCCAUCACAUUUGUCCCCAUAGUCACAGAGGCCCACAUGAGUUGCUUGAUGCGGAGGAUCGAGGCUAGGUUUGACAAGAUCGAGUCAUUGGUGGAGACCAACGCCCUGACACACACGCCUCAACUCCAGCAAGAUGUGGUGUUGGCUAAACCAUGCAGCACGGUGAUGGAGCUGCUGGAGUUGGAUAGGAGUCUGGGACAACCAGACAAGAGGAACAAGAUGCAACAUUUUCUUGAAACUGUCGGAGGGGCAGGUUUAGGGGCAGCCAUUCACCGUAUGCUACGCCGAGUGGCAAAUAAUGAGGUACUCGCCCAGUACAGCUUGCGGGGCAGACGGGCCAAAAUGUCCUUUGAUGACCUCAUUCUGUGCAAGAUUAUAAAGGCUGCAUGUGUCAAAAUUUCCCAGCCAUACGGAAGCUGAAGUGGAGGAAUGCCUUGGGCAGAUUCUAAAAUUUGCACGACACAGACAGUAUACUUCUGCUCUCUAAUUUGGUGCAAUCACAGAAAUUUCAUGAUCAGCUGGUCAGCAGCAACGGAUGGACAAUUGAAUUGUGAACAGUGAAUUUUUAUUUUUUUUGUGAACAGUUUUUUUUUAUUCUAUUUUGUUUGUUAUUGAAUGCACAGUUACACUUUAAAAAAUUUAUUUCUAUUUUAUUCUGUUUUGAAUGUAUGAUUGUUUUAUUGAAUGCACCAUUACACUUUCAGAAACUAUUUUUUAUUUUCAAACAUUUUUUUUAUUCAAAUUUGUUAUUGAUAUUUUAUCUCAUUAAACUUUCAAGACCUGCCAAA